AUGGAAUACGUUGCAGGUGCGACCAACAUCAUCGGCUUGAUAGUUAGUUGCAAACUGCAUGAAGUAAUUAUAAUCAAGUUUGAACACUGGAGAACACCUAAGAGGAGCAUUGACCAGCUGGAUGAGUUGAUGCGAAGGCUGGAUGAUCAUAGAAAAGAUGUUGAAGAUAAAGCAAAAUGGUUAAGGCUUCUAAAAGGGGCAGUAAAAACAAAGGAAUGUAAAGGAUGGCUUCGACAAGUUCAUCAGGUAAAAGCAGAAGUUAGAAGUCUCAAGGAUGAACCGGCUAGAGGAUAUUGUUUCAUUGAUUCAAGAAUCAAGUUGGGCGAACUUAUUGAGGAGAAGAGUGGUUAUAUUCGUCAACGAUUAGAGGAUGUUCUGCGUUCAGAAGAUUCAAUUGCUAUUCCUGAAACCAGGAGGGGUGAUAUUUUGUCCGCAAUACCAAUGAUGGAAUUCAAAACACAUGACCAAAUUUUUAAUGAGAUUUGGGGAUUUUUGUCUGACAAAGAGACCAGAAGGGUUGGUGUUUGGGGGAUGGGGGGAGCGGGUAAAACAACUAUCAUGUCAGCGAUUAACAAUCGCCUACUGACAGAAACAAGAUCUUCAAAAUUGUGGCAACCUUUUAAUAAGAGGAAAAAAUUUGCGUUGAUUUUGGAUGAUGUUUGGGAACCAAUCUCUAUUGAAACUGUUGGAAUUCCUGUGCCAACAGUAGAAAAUGGUUGCAAAUUGAUAAUAAUAACUCGCAAUCUUAGAGUGUGCAGAGAGAUGGAAACAGACAAGAAUGUCGAAGUAAAAGUUCUUCCAAAGAAUGAAGUGUGGAAUCUCUUCAAGAACAAAGUUGGGGAGAAGGUACUAUCAAUUCAAGAAAUACAACCAAUUGCAAUGGAUGUGGCAAAAGAAUGUGGUGGUUUGCCUCUAGCUAUUGCUGCAGUUGGACGUGCAUUGAGAGAGACAACUAACCUAAGAAAGUGGGAUAAUGCAUUGGAAGGGUUAAAAACUUCAAGUACUGGUACAUACAACAUUGAUGAAGUUGUAUGUUCUCGUUUGAAGUCGAGCUAUUCAAAACUAAACGAUGAUAUAAGGCGAUAUUGCUUCCUAUAUUGUGGUUUAUACCCAAAAGGUCAUCUAAUUGAUGAGAAUGAAUUGAUUAAUUAUUGGGUGUGGGAAGAUUUAUUGGAAGGUCCAAGCACGUCUGUGAUGAAAUGCAAGGGACAAAUUAUUAUAGAUGAAUUAAUAUCAGCAUGCUUGCUGGAAUUAAAGAUUGAAAAUGGGGUGAGAUUUGUUAAAUUGCAUGAUAUGAUAAGAGAUAUGGUCAUCAGAAUCAUGAGUACAAAGCCUAGAUGCAUUGUGAAUGCUGACGGAGGACAAGUAAAACCAGCAAUGCCUCAGGAAUGGAGAGAGGAUGUUCAAUGGGUAUCAUUGAUGAGAAAUAAUGUGAAAUCUAUAGACUUCAAUCCAACAUGUCAUAGACUCACUUCUUUACUACUUCAAUAUAACGCAUUUUAA